CUUCAAUCCGACUAUCCAUUAUGCACUGACCCAACCACUUGUCCUGUUCACCUGGCUCAUGGAUGAGCAGAGUCCCAAGUGUAUUUUACAUUACUGGACGGGUACAUCAUGUCUACCGACUCACUGUCGAAAACUCUGACAAACGACAUCGAACAUGCACUACGAACGAAGUAUGCCAUUUUUACGGGCGGUCACGACAGAGAAUUCAGAUCUUUGAUUAUAUUUCCAGACGUUCCUAGUGGUAUUGUCCUCUCAGAUGAUGCAUUCUCUUUACUGAUGGUCUAUUUCACUAACCUGUCAUCUAUACACUCACCCGUACGUGAUUUCACUGUGCUCAUAGACAGACGCACAGCCGAUUGGAACAGUGUGAAGCUACUCACGACAAAGAUACAGGGGUUAUUACAGCGCUUUUUCGUCGAACGCACCAUGGGUUGGAUACGUGAUGGUUCUAAAUUUCCAAUCAGUUUUGUGGACAAGCCAACGGAAUUGUUGCCAUUUAUUGACCAAGAUCAUUUACCCGAGGAGAUUGGUGGGCAAUUGACAUUCAGUUUGGAAGACUGGAUUAACUAUCGAGUGUCCCAAGUGUAUUUUACAUUACUGGACGGGUACAUCAUGUCUACCGACUCACUGUCGAAAACUCUGACAAACGACAUCGAACAUGCACUACGAACGAAGUAUGCCAUUUUUACGGGCGGUCACGACAGAGAAUUCAGAUCUUUGAUUAUAUUUCCAGACGUUCCUAGUGGUAUUGUCCUCUCAGAUGAUGCAUUCUCUUUACUGAUGGUCUAUUUCACUAACCUGUCAUCUAUACACUCACCCGUACGUGAUUUCACUGUGCUCAUAGACAGACGCACAGCCGAUUGGAACAGUGUGAAGCUACUCACGACAAAGAUACAGAGUUUUUUCACUACCGGGGUGCAUCACAUAUAUGUCCUGAAACCUCAGGGGUUAUUACAGCGCUUUUUCGUCGAACGCACCAUGGGUUGGAUACGUGAUGGUUCUAAAUUUCCAAUCAGUUUUGUGGACAAGCCAACGGAAUUGUUGCCAUUUAUUGACCAAGAUCAUUUACCCGAGGAGAUUGGUGGGCAAUUGACAUUCAGUUUGGAAGACUGGAUUAACUAUCGAGUGGUUCUUCAGCAUAUUUUGGACCGAUGUUUUGCAGCACCAACGUUCACCUCGACCCCACAUAGCGUUGAAACAUUCCGUGACAAAGUAGAACAACUACGUAACCGGGAACAGGCUUUAUUGGCCAUAUUGAAGCGAAACGAAUCCAGAACGUCUUUUAGUGAUUUUGAAAGCACAUCCACUCCCCCGAAUCUGAAUCCAGCCUACACACCGCAAGUUGUAUGCAAGCUCAAAAAGAAAUGGCGACAGUGGUUAGAUGCACUUAUCGCCUUGGAACUGGAGGGUUUGCGGUUAAGACACCAGCUACGUACGAUGUCAGAUGUGGUGGCCGUCAACGGUGACCAUCGUUCCAGUGAUCCCAAACAAACUGCGAACCAAUCCGAGACGGUUCAGGCUCAUCGCGGAGAGGCGUUCGAUCUUCCUGUGGAUCGCGUAUUCCACGUAAUCACUCUCGAACACAUACUGGUCCAGCUAACAGAGAUACGAACACGCUUUACCAUGUUUUGGAAGCAAUACAAAAGGCGAGCUAGAAUUACAAGACUGAUCGGGGAUAUUGACAAACAGUUUUAUGAGUUCCAACCUCUGGUCAGUAUAUGGGAUAACUUACUCGAAUCGACACUGGACUAUAUUCCAACCCAUCCACCGCAUCCCAGACACUCCGCAACGGCUGUUGAAUGCCCGUGCUCUACUUCCGACUCUGCUGAAUUCGUUGGUGAGGCAGAGAAAACCGAUGGUUCCGAUGAUGGAGGGUUGGGCGGAGUAAAGCUGGAAGACCUCGAAGCUGUGCUAAAUCGGUUGCGUGAAGCGGAACAAUUCGGCGCUCAAUUGGCACCGGAGCUGUCAGCUUUAGUGCAAACUUCGAAGUGGAUAAUUUCCUACGUGCAUCACAAGGAGCAGUUGUGUUCGCCACCGCGUUCGGUCGUGCGUGGAAUCGAGUCCCUUACGCGAUUCAGCUUGGAUUCAGAUCGCGACAGUGAUGACGAAAGCAAUGCGAGUUCCACAGAAGCUGUUGAGGAGCCUGACGAUCCGGACCUUCCUGCUCUGGUUCUACCCCCGAACGCUGACCACUGGAUUGUCCUAUUUGAUCAGAUGCUUGAACUGGUCAACGUAAAAAUCCCGGAAACUUUAGAUAAGUUCGGGCGGAUGUACGAGUUGUUCAGUACAAUUGCUAAUGCUCGUGAAUGGAUACGGGAUGGUCGUUCCCUCAGUGAGUCGAUUACUCCCAGUGAAAAGCUCAUCGACUGGGACUUGACGCAAUGUCGUAAGCAAUUGGACGAACUGGCACACCACCUGAACUCUGGUGAGGAGACCUUGAAGUUGCUCACCAGCCCUAAGCAGUUUCGAACGCGCUUUGCAACCGUGAUGAACCCAGAGCUUCGUAAACAGCUGGAGAAAUUAUUGUUGGAAAUGGAGGUGGUGCGCUCCUUAUGCCAGACUGCAACUGCGACGCUUCGCCAGCACAUUUCUCGUACAAGUUUUCCGCGACAACAUUCCAGUUCGGCCUCAUUACCUGGACGUAUGUCCAGCGUAGACGACAAAAAGUUGGACACACUGUCGUUGGUCGGUUCUACUCCAGUCUCACCCACUCAUUCGCUCACCGAGCGCGUGGAGGAUCAAGCACUGUUGGUCAGGACGGAUUUUGCAACACCAUGUUCAGAAUCGGAAAGUAUCUUGGCCAGUCCCGCCCGACGUUUUCGGAUGGCUUGGGAAGAACUCGUAGAUACCGAACGGAGUUAUGUGAAUUUCCUUCAACACGUCUAUGAUGUUGUCUGGUUGGGCCCUUGUCCGAGUUCUCCGUCCACUCAACAUUCGGCUGAGCCGGACAAGGGUGUCGCUCCUCCGUUCAUGACCGAGAGUCAGAACUGGCUGCUUUCGAAUUGGCCUGAUUUACUCUACUUUCAUCGCGAUUGCUUAUUGCCAGCUUUGGAGAAUUGUAAUGGAAACGUUUCGAAACUGAAGCAGUGGUCGGUUCAGAUGAUUCCACAACUUGUAGAUCUAUAUUCAGUCUACUGUUCAUCGCAGUCAAACGCAGUCCAGAUUGCUGUUCAGCUCGAACGCGAUCGUGUCUACAGUUCCUGGAUGAAUGCUUGUUCCGAGGAGAUUGGUCGCCGGGAAUCCGCCUCAACAAACGCAGCAGCAGUGCCCACAGCACCGAAUGAGUCAGUUGCUAGGCCAGUAUUACAACUGAGUUCACGCCUUGUCACACCUGUUCAACGGAUUCAGCGAUACCACCUACUGCUCAGCCACUUAUUGCGUCUGGCCUUAACAGAGUCCGACCGCCAAGAUCUCACAGCUGCUCACAAAGCGAUGCUGGAUAUGUGCGAGGCAGUAAAUCUCACCAUGAGACUUCGUGGACUGUCGAUACGCCCUUCCGAACUGGGACCACUUUUGCUUAGGGGUGAUUUCACCAUUGCGCGAGACGACUCUCGAUCAACCCAACAACGUCACGCAUUCCUGUUUACCAAUGCUAUUCUCCUGACUAAAUUCCGUGCCUCAACAACCCAUGUUGUGCCAAUGAUUCGACAGGGAACUGUGACUGUGUUAGACCCACAUUUGCCGUCCGAUACUCGUGCUGGAAGUUUUCACUCCUUGGCCACUGUCCCCUCAAACAUAGUAUCUUUGGUCAAGUCCCAUGGUCUGGUCGGCAGCAGUAAUAGUAUGCCCGGAUCGAGUGCCUCGGGUUCUGUGGAUUCUGGUCCAGUCUAUGAAGUUCGUGGAGAACUGCUGCUGGCCCAGAUUGGUCUCACCCCUAGUGUACGACAAGACCGACGCCGGUUUGCCGUUUGGACGGCCAAUCGGGCCCAAACCUACGUGUUUUGUUCUGCCGAUGCCUCCGCGCGCGAUCGAUGGGUUCACAUGAUCAACGACCUACUGAUGGAUCAGCUGCGGCGAUUACGCGAUGAAGCAGUGCAGCGCCAAAACACCCAACGCCCCCUAUCCAGCAGACUCCAUUUGGUCCAACCCUCUCCUGUCCUAACACCUCCCACUGAUCGGAGUAAUAGUCUGCCAAGCCCACGAGGACCUGACAAGUCGCUAAGAAACAAUGCGUCGGUCCGAUCCCUUCCAUCUGCUGCACCUGGUCGUGCCUCCCUUGAUGAUUCCACACUUACGUGGUCCGCACAUCCUCAUAUGAACUUUGUUCCUUGCAGUAACCUAGACGCUGAAGCUUCUAUUGCAGACCCAGCCAGUAGCUCAGAAACUGCUAGUCAUAAUCCUCACAAGUCUACCUCCGAUUUUUCCAAGCCGUCGAGUGGACCAUCAGUGGUUGAUGAACUCACCAGCGGAAUCCUGUCGUUGUUCGAGCCGAGUUUAGGAAAGCUUGAUAAGGCGAUCCACGAACUGGAAGUUUCGCAGAAACAGUUGGAACUGCAACUGACGACUUUGGCACAAGGUAGGAAAACGUCCACUGCUGUUCACUACGAUUUGCCUUCUGAUCGUUUUGCGUCCAAUUCCGCUGUGCGACUGAGUCGAACAAAUCAAAUUCACAUAUACGCUUACUGUCGAUCCGUAUGUAUGACAUUUUUGCAUCCUUUUUCUCUCCAGCGAAUCGCAGAGCUUCAGCAUUCUCCCAUCGACUUAGAACCGUAUGUUCACAGUCUGAACGCGUACAAACAACGCAUUUACAAGGUGCAUUCAUCACUUCGCCACUCACAGGCAGUUCUCAUGAUUUCAUCACGAAUAGACAGUGCGUGGGUAACCCACAGAAUUUCCCCCGAAGAAAUGACCAAGGCUGUUGUUGAAUAUCUUAGAGGUCUGGAUGUUUCUGGUGUAUCGUUUGGCUACGGCGAACCAAGCCGUACCGAUGGUCGUCGGCCACGCAAAGAUCGUGUUGCGGAUGAUGCCUCCGUUGAUGAUCAUGAUGUGCAACCAUUUCGACCGUCAACCGAUGUGUUAGCUAGCAUGUGUCGUCUGCAAUGGUUGAAGCUUCGGGAUGUCGGUCUUCGUGAUGGUCGUCUUCCCCCGGAACUGUCCAGGUUAACAAAGCUGGAAAAUCUUUCACUGGCUCGGAACUCUCUGACUCGAUUAUCCUCCCUCAAAGGUUGGCCCACGACACUCCCUGCCCUAAGGUCCUUAGUCUGCCGAAAUAACGAGCUAACUGACGGGGAUGCAAUCCCUUCAGAAAUAUUCGAAUGUCCACAUUUGCAGGUUGUUGAUUUUAGUCGAAACAACCUAACCAAUGUCCCGAAGGGUAUUGAGAAAGCCAAAGGCCUCUUGGUCCUUAACCUGAGCUCUAACAGAAUCACGUCCAUCUCCUCCGACGUGUUUGUCCAGUGUACCGAUCUGAUGCUGCUUGAUCUGUCAGAUAAUCGGUUGGAAAGUCUUCCGGCUCAAUUACGUAGAUGCAAUGCGCUACAGCAAUUGAUUCUCAGCGAUAAUCCGCUACGUCACGCACAGCUCCGAUCCUUAGCUGCGCUGAAACAGUUGGAGGUACUGCACUUGGCUGGGACCGAGAGACGCCUGGACAAUAUUCCCGGGGAACUGGACAAGGUAGAAAAACUGAAAGAAUUGAACCUGUCCAACAAUAUGUUAACCAGAAUCCCGGAACCAGUUUUAUCCUUACGGACACUGCGAAAACUCAACCUGGAGAAAAAUGAGAUCACUGAUUUGUCUCAAGUGACGGACAACUGGCCCAAGCUAGAGUACCUCAACCUGGGUUACAACCAACUGGCCCAAUUACCUGCCGGUCUGACGCGGCUAACCAGCCUGCGGCGAUUGUACAUCAACAACAAUCAACUCACCUUCACUGGUAUUCCGUCAGGGAUAGGAAAGCUAAGCGACUUGGAAAUAUUUGAUGCUUCCUACAAUGAGUUGGAAAAUAUCCCAGAAAGUCUGUGUCGCUGUGGUCGUCUGAGGCGGUUAAUUCUCACGUGCAAUCGUCUUCUAACCCUCCCCGAUGCUAUUCACUACCUACGUGAAUCGCUUGACGUAUUCGAAGUGGAUGGCAAUCCCCUCUUGAAAUUCCCGCCUAAGCCACCGGAAUUAGUUAAAGGUGCUGGACGAGCUUAUUAUAAUAUCGAUUUUUCUUUGGAGACGCAAAUACGACAAAUUUGCGGGAAACCCCCUGAAACACAGGACAAAGGAUACCAUGCGAAGGAUACCGCUUCUAGACUCCGUCGUCUUCGUCGUCGUCGUGACGAUGUCGCUGAGACCGAUAGCAGCUGCGUCCUAGAAGGAAUGCAACGCAUUGCGAGGGAUAAGGAAACACUAUUGCGCCAGCGGGAGCAGCAGGAAGAAGAAGAAUACCAACAUCUUUCGGCGAAGCGAUGGCAGGAUCAGCUUUCCAGACCAGAAUUAGACUACUCGAAUAUUUUCGAUGCAGAGACAGGAAUAGCCCCAGGCGUUGAAGUUUGGGAAGUGGAUGAAUUCUAUCCAAAACGUGUCGACGAAGAAUGCGCUCAAGGUCGCAUGUUUGAUGGCGAUUGUUAUGUUGUCCUGGAUACCAGAAUGAGCGCGAACCAAACGCUGGAAUGGACUAUCUACUAUUGGAUCGGUUCUCAAGCAACCAUGGACAAACAGACUUGUGCAGCCAUUCACGCGGUGAAUUUGCGCAACUUCCUCGGCGCUGAAGGCCGAACUCAUCGUGAGGAACAGAAUGACGAGAGUGAUGAGUUUCUGGCACUUUUUGACGGAAAAUUAAUGGUUUUGGAGGGUUCACACGGCGAGACCGGUUUCUUCCAUGUAGAAGCGCAAGCGGUGAUACCAAAGCUUUAUCGUCUGUUUGGUCAAGAAAAACGACUGCAGAUCGUGUCGAUGCCACUCAGUCCAUUAAGUCUGGACCCGAAAUUUUGUUAUCUCGUCGACGCUCAGUCCGAACUGUACUUGUGGCUGGGUGCUGAUUCUCGUGUCAUGGUACGAACCAAAGGCCGGUUGUUGGCCGAAAAGAUAUCCGUACGUGAAAGGCGCGGUGAAGCAGGAAUUCACUUAGAAGCACAAGGUCGUGAGUCGGAUGCAUUCUGGGCGAUUAUAACCGAUCAGUGGACACCUGCACCACUUCCAACAGCUGUCAUGAAGGUAGAUGAGGAUUCACACCAUCAACAAAAACAGCGUGCAAACGGACUUUCCGCAGGCCACCCCCCGCCACCGAACGUCAAGCCACCGAAAAACGUACCGAGGGAUUUUAUACCGGCAGAUUGGAAACUCCCGCAACCUAUCCUCUAUGAUGUUCGGAUGGGGAAAGGUUACCUAGAAUUGCCGCAGGUCGACUUAAGACUGGGACACCUCUCCAAAACCCUGCUAGAUCCCAAACACGUCUACUUGUUGGACAGUGGUGGGGAAUUAUUUGUAUGGGUAGGUGAGAAGUCUGCCCGAUUCAUUCGCUCUGCCGGAUACAAACUAGCACAAGAACUGUCCGGGCUGAUGCCUCGAGGUUGUUUCGGUGGCGCGGAGGCCGAGCUGACGUCGAAAUCGAAGGAUAAAACAGCUAAGGAACUACGCGAAGCGUGGUCUACAUUCUCCAGACCUCCUCCGCAAGUGUGUACUCAAGGGGCGGAGCCACAGAUAUUUCGUGCGCAAUUUGUCGAUUGGGAGGAGGCGUUGGCUGUAGACUUCACCCGCACUUCUGAAUCAGUUGCCAAACGCGGCGCUGAUUUGAAUGCCAUAUUGGAAAAGGAUAAACCAGCCACAGAUCUCCGUGCCCUUUUCGCCCCUCGAGAACGCGCCCUCGAGUGGAAUGAAUCACUCCAGCUUAUGGCUGACUGGAACAAUGAGCUGGUUGAGCAGAUUGGACCGGACUUAACUCCUGUCAGUGCUCUGCAGCAGUUUAUCAUGCUUGACGGGAAGUGGGUCCCGGUUGAACCUCAAUGGUUCGGUCACUUCUUCAACCAAGACUCGUAUAUUGUGAUUGCACGAUACUGGGAUGAUGGAGAACCAGUGGAGGACAGCGAACCCGAUGGACCAGACGAAGCUGCUUCAGACCGUACGAAGACAGUGGUUUAUUUCUGGCAAGGUCGCGAAACGUCCGACGUGCAGUGGCUCACGUUCAACUUCUCGGUUCGAAAGGACAUGGAGACUCGGCUGUCCAUAAAUCCGGUCGAAGGUGGCGGUCCCCUUCGGGUAGAAUUCAAACGGAUCCAUCAGCAACAGGAAGACCUCCUAUUUCUCUCACACUUCCACCGCCAAAUGGUCAUUCACAAUGGUCGUUAUCAAGACCGACUAUCGGAAGCCCGAUUAGCACGCACCCAGGUGUACUAUAUCCGCGCAAAUGGAAAUCCGAUAUCAACCCGGACAGUUGAGAUAAAACCUAGCGGAACUCAAUUAAACACGCAUUUCACCUAUUUGGUCAAAGUGCCUAAAUGUCAGCUGGAUUCCAAUCAGUCAUCGACGGACGCUCAUGUGUGGGCUUGGAUUGGUGCAGAUGCACAUCCGGAUGAUAAAGCUCUCACCACGACUAUUGCAGUGCGCAUUUUCUUCCAACCUGAAACAACAAUUGAGUAUCUAUAUCCAGGCACGGAACCAGCGAACUUCUGGAAAUGUCUCGGCGGUCAGAAACCAUACGAUCGAUCUGCAGAUUUCUUGCAAUAUGCCCGGCUCUUCCGUCUGUCGAACGAUCAGGGCUACUUUUGUGCCUCGGAAAAAUGCUCCGACUUUUGUCAGGAUGAUUUGGCCGAUGAGGACGCCAUGAUGUUGGACACGGGUGAUUUGCCUGAAACAACAGUUGAGUAUCUAUAUCCAGGCACGGAACCAGCGAACUUCUGGAAAUGUCUCGGCGGUCAGAAACCAUACGAUCGAUCUGCAGAUUUCUUGCAAUAUGCCCGGCUCUUCCGUCUGUCGAACGAUCAGGGCUACUUUUGUGCCUCGGAAAAAUGCUCCGACUUUUGUCAGGAUGAUUUGGCCGAUGAGGACGCCAUGAUGUUGGACACGGGUGAUUUGAUAUAUAUUUGGUGGGGAAAGAAAACAUCCGAUGUGGAACAAAAGCUUUCCUUGCAAGCCGCAAAGCUUUAUCAGAAGCAUAUGAGCAAUAUCCAACGAGAUCGACCUCGAAAACUGAAACUGACCACAAAAAAUGUUGAGCCUUAUCAGUUCAAACGAUGCUUCCACGGUUGGGGGCCCUUCCGUGAACCGAAAGACUGGUCUGGCUAGUUGUUGGGAAAUCUGCCUCUCAUGCCUCUCACGCCACUACAUGCACCUGCAUGAGCCACGUUUCCCCCUCAAUUUGACAAUGUCCCUUCCCCGUACUUUCGUACCAACUCGACCGGAUUUUCACCUUAUCUUUUUGUCACAUUUUUUUGCUCUAUUUCCCCCUCCUGCACAGCGCGAGUACUCUCCCUUUCAGUCCAUUUGCUCACCUUCCCUACACUCUCUUGCUUCCGUGCUCAUUCUAACGAUAUGCGGGUGCAAACAAUAUGCUUUCUAGCUUGACUUUCAAUUUGCU